AUGUCUUCUUCCAAGCGACCCCUGGAGGGCCUGGAGAGACUGGAGCACCCAAAGGAAAAGAGAGUUUGCCGCCCUGCACCACUUGAUCUCAAACGCUUGCCUAUGCCAACCCAUCUGGCCAAUGGCGAUAAUUUGUCUCCCUCUCUGGUUCAGAAUAACCAGCCUUCACCAAUUUCCGCAAAGCUGUUCAGCAAGGUUCUGAAGAUCAACGAACCACCCAAGACCACCCUCACCCAAUUCGCCAAUGGCGAUAAUCUUUCUCCCCGCCUGGUCCAAGAACCUGGCCAGCCCUCACCCAUCUCUCAAACUCUGUUCAACUCGCUCAACAUCAAUGAGCGAUCCGCGGCCACACCCACCCAGGGCCCAUUCCCCUUCUCUGGUUCCCAAGGAACCACCCCGCCAGUCGAGUUCAACCCUCGUUUGCCUACCUCCAACAAUGCAUCGUGGAUUGUCAACGUGAAUUGGCCACUCCCAUACACUCGCACCGUGGGCCCGGUGAACGAGAAUGGCUUCGCUGUAGUCACCCAAACUUGGUAUGACUACAGCCGCAUGACGCAGCCACCAAGUGACUCGUCGGGAAGCCCUCCUUCCCUCUCCUUCAACCCCCGCGACUUCCCUGCGCCACGCGUGCGCACACGAGUUCAGUACUUCGGCCGUCCUGACGGGACAACCCGCAGGAAGCCUCGCUUCAUCUUGGGGUCCCGCAGGAACUGCCCUGAGUGCCGUCGCCGGGUGCCUGGCUAUACCAGCCACCUGAUCUUUCGCUGA